GUUUUGUUUUGCCGGCGAAAGCGUGGUUAUUUCUUGUUUUAUUUGUUUGUCUGUGUAUUUUCUAUUUGUUUGACAAAUAAUUAUUGGAAAGCGAGGGCUUUAAGCACGAUGGAGGAAACAGCGCGUGUGAAACAGGAAGCCGAGUGGACUCUUGAAGUGACGGUGAAGGUUGAAGCAGACACUGCAGAGGAAGAGGAGUGUGCGGACGACGUGGCCGGGUGCGGAGUGAGCGCGGCGGCCCUGCUGGCCGGGCUGUACGCGGGCCACGAGGUGAAGGACGAGCUGGUGCUGGGCCCGGAGCGCCCGCACCGCCCCGUACUCGCCCCGGUGCCGAGAGACACCGCCGGCUGGCACGCCACUCCGCCACACGCAGACUCGGACACUGAACAAGGAGUACACCACACUCCUGACUACGACAGAGAGCCGGUGUGCGACCUGUGCGGACACCGCUUCCACUCCAAGGCUGAGUUGCUGCGCCACGUGGCGGUGCACAUCCAUGUGCCGAUGAGCGUGGAGUGGGCAGCGGGCAGGCUUGAGGUGGCAGUCGCAGUCCGCGCGCCCGCUGCUGUCUCCGCUGCGGCGGGGCGGGGGCGGCCUCCCCGGGACAAACACGCGCGCGCUCACCCCACCACACCACCCUCCACGCGUUCCACCCGAGCACACACACACUCCCGACCGACGACACGCGACUGUACAACAUCUAGCGAUAGACUCUUCGAGUGUAACGAUUGUGGGUACAAGUGCACGCAGAAAUCGACAUUAUUGACUCACAUGAUGAUUCACACUGGCGAGAAACCGUUCAAGUGUAAGCACUGUCACUACUGGACCCGGCAGCUAGAGUCCCUGCGAACUCACGAAAUGAGACAUGCCGAUGAAACCGCGUUUAAAUGUAACGACUGCGAGUACGCGUGCAUGAGCAAGGCGACCUUAAUAGAUCACCUGAGGAAACACACCGGCGACAAACCGUUCAGGUGUGAGCGCUGUAACUAUAGAACCCAUCGUGCGGCUGCCUUAAGCGAUCACGUGAAGACACACGCUGAGGAAAAGCCGUUCGACUGUAGUGUCUGCGGCUACAAGUGCAAAACCAAGAAAAGCCUCCAGCGUCAUCAAACGACGCACUCCGACCUGAAGCCGUUCCGGUGUCGUUAUUGCGAAUACAAGUGCCGGCGGAAGAGGUACCUGCGCUUCCACGAGAUGAAGCACACUAGGGAGAAGACAGCUCAGUGUAGAUAUUGUGAAUACAAGUGCACACAUGAAAUAACUUUAAGAAAUCACGAGAAGAGCCACACUGAGAACAAACUUUUUCAGUGUAGAUAUUGUAAAUGCAAAUGCGAGAAUGUUGUAGAGUUACGUAAUCAUAUGAUGACCCAUGACAAGGAGAGGCCUUAUCAGUGUAGUUAUUGCGAGUACCGGUGCACGCGGAAAUCAAACCUACGAGAUCACGAGACGACUCACACAGGGGAAAAGCCUUUUCAGUGUAGUUAUUGCGAGUACCGGUGCAGGUUGAAAUCAUAUCUACGAGACCACGAGAUGACUCACACUGGGGAAAAGCCUUACCAUUGCAGUGUUUGUGGGUUCUGGUGCAGGCAGAGAUCAAAUCUACGAGACCACGAGAUGAAACUCACUAGGGAAAAACCUUUUCAGUGCCGUUUCUGUGUGUACAAGUGCAAGCGGAAAUAGUACAUUACGAUACAAGUGCGUAAAAAAGGAAGUUCGAAACGAGUGGCGAUAAAUUAAAACACGACCGAAGGGAGUGUUUUAAAUCGACACGAGUUACGAAUUUCCUUUUCGCACGUGUAUCGUACGACGUUGUCUUGGUGUGGACGUACGGGCUCUCUGGGGCUGUUUCACGUUUAGUUAUACCAAAUACCUAUAUAACUUCGUAAAGACCGAUAAAGUCUAAGAAAAAAACGUACCCCAAAACCAACUGAAAAAGGUACGGUGAGCUAGAUGGCGAUACACCUUUUAUUUGGGAUACGCUCGGCUAG